AUGGAUUACGCAUUCCUCACCGAUUUUGUCAUACAGGCGGACGCUGACGACGGUCUCGACGGGCUGGAAAAGCGUCUUCGCCGCCAAUGUGCGCUCACCGCCGCUGCACUAUCCAUGCUGUGCUACAAGGAUGAACCGGCAACGCUUCUGGAGCAAGACUCCGCCCUCCAAGCAGAGUCUCGCCUAUUGCGCGUCUGGCCCAUUCGGCAACGUGAUCCGACCAUGGACUCGACGAUGCUGCUAGGAUGGACCACCUUUGGGGUGGCUUUCGUCGCAUUUCGAGGAAGCGCAAAUGUGGGCGACAGGGCAACAAACUUUGAUGCCGCUGCCGAGCUGGAUAUUGGCGAAGGCUUUCGCAUCCAUCGAGUCUUCGCGCUUCGCGCAGCACGCUCCCCGAUCCCCUUCCUUGUCAAGCUGGUGAACAGCUGGCCGACGGUGGUGUGUGGACACAGUCUUGGUGGCGCCGCGGCACUAGCAGCCAGUCCCCUAAUCUGUCGCAGCAUAGGUUAGGCGAACAAUGUUUGGUCAGACACAGGCUCGCACGCCAAUAUUAAAGAGCUUGCGUUCUUCACCUUCGGCGCCCCUCCCGUCUAG